AUGACGUCAUCGGGACGACGGAAGACGGCUCGGCCGAAGAUUGGAGUAUUGCAGCUUCUCCAAAAGGAACUAAAGACUUUCGAUGAAGAGAACCGACCUUUGCUCCAUCAUCAAGAUGAGCGACUACAGUUAUGCUUGGUUUUGCUUGAAUGUCCUGUGUUGGCUGGGUUGUCCGAAGCACAACGCUUCGGAAGAUUACGGGCGCGAAAGCUUUUAUUUGACAUUCUCCGACACUUGGGACAAGAGGUUUUCUUCCUCUUUGCUACAGCGAUAAGUAUCACGAGGUUGGCAAGAAUCUCGGAGGAAACCGUGCUAGAAGUGCGUCAAUGGUGGAAAACCAUCCGCAAGUGCCCGAAUGGUAAGGUUCAAGUCGCUCCUCAACGAAAAGAUCACUAA